UGUUUCCCUUCUGACUCACUGCCAGUUUGUGUGGAGAAAAAAAGGUUAGCCUUGAGCUUGAUGAAAUAAAUAAAUGAAUAAUUGACCCAGAAAUCAAACAUUGCCAAACAAGAGACGACUGAGGAGCUGAGACUUCGUGUGGAACGUUUUAAUUUACGGCUUAAAAUUCUGAACAACUGACAUCCAGACGCACACAAUUGGAACAUUGGGCCUCAUCCGUCCACUGUCGUCUGCUGUUGUCUGUCCAUUGUCGUCCGCUGUCCUCACCUGUCGUCUGUCCACAUCAUCCGUCCUGGUCGCCUUCAGGCAUUCAGCAGCCCGUGGACAAGUGGAAAGGGAACUUGGCUUGUAAUCGGAAGGUUGCCGGUUCAAGUCCCCACCAGGUUGAAAGGGCUGGGGUACCCCUGAGCAAGAUGGAGAGUGAAGAGUCUGAUUAAAUAAUCAUUGCGUGUGGUUUCCUCCCCCUGCUCGUCACCUUGGGGACAUAUUGUCCCCCGUCAGUGAAACCUCGGGGACAGAAGGCUCCGCCACAGGGAGGCGCGGCGGGGGAGCAACGAGCUGAUGAAACGAGGAUCGGGGAGGGAGCUUUGAAUCCUCUGCUCGGACCCUGCCACGCCUGGAGGGGAGGGGACAGCUGACUGCACUGCCAACCAAUGAGAGCGCCCCCACAUGGACGCCUCGUCCAAUUAGAGUGAGGCCACUUAUCAAUGAGCCAAUGAUGAACCAAAGGAGACUCGUUUAUCACUGACGCCGUUAGCCGCUCCAGGUUGGGGGUGGAGUCAGGUUUCAGUCGCCACAGAGAUGAUCAGAUUGUAACCGCCCCCCCGCCGGUUCCCUCGGAGACGACACCUGAGUCGACGCCCGUGCCAACAUCUUCAUCGUCACCUGCUGCAGCAGCAGCUGCCGCCGUCUCUGCACCGGACCACGUUUCAGCGCACGGUCCAAGUGGGUCACACUGACGCACGAGCCAGCGCUGCCUCCAGAGUGUGUGGCGGGAGGCCACGCCCUCCUGCAGAACCCAUACCGCAGCAGCAGCUUUAGCUCCACCUGGCUGCAGCAGUCGUCCCUGCAGGACUUCAUCUGUGACCACUCCCUGACUCCGGGCUGGUACCAGUUCCAGAUCUUUGACAAACCCGCGGUCAUGCCCACUCACUGUGUGGAGGUGAACCACUGUGGGACGCAGGCCCCGGUGUGGCUGUCCCUGCGCGAUGGCGAGUCGCUGCCCGGGCCGCUGGAGGUCAGGCAGCUGACGGCGUGCGCCGCCUGGCAGCUUUUCACCAGCAGCAGCAAAGACUGCUGUUUGUUCCGCAUCCCAGUCACCGUUCGUAACUGUGGGGACUUCUACGUGUACCUGCUGCAGCCCACACAGGGCUGCAUGGGAUACUGUGCUCAAGAGACGUCUGCCACUUCACCCACGGCGCUGCCGUCCUGUGGCCCUGACGAGAUGAACGUCGCUGGAGCUUGUCAAACUAAACCGCCUCCUCCUCCGUCCGUCCCUGUGAUCGUCCCCGUGGUGACGGGAAACACCGUCUACCUGAAGUGCAGCUUUAACAGCCGCUCCAACAGCUCCCUGGGUCACGUGGUGGCGUGGUCUCGUCUCUCACCUGAGGGCAGGAGGGAGGAGCUUAAACAGGAAACCACCAUCCAGACUUUUGCUGUCAUCGAGCUGGACGGCUUCAACCUGCGUCUGGGGGACAAGAUUUACUGCUCCAGUUUCAGUUUCUUCUUGGAGGCCCCUGACGUCCGCGGAGCGUCGGUGGACAGUCAGGAGUAUUUUGCUGGGAUUAGGCUAAUACCAGAGGUGAGCGUUGUAUCAGAGGAUGGGAGACUGUAUGAGCUGGUGGUUGAGAGCACAGUCCCUGUCCCAUGUCUGGAAGAGUCCUCGCCCUCGUCCUCGCCCUCGUCCCCGUCCCCGUCCUCGACACAACACUGCGCUCUGUCUCUGCAGAUUAGCACCAGCAGUCAAGACGAGGGUUUCCUGGGUGCAGAUUUGUCUCUGUCCUCCUGUGUGGUGGAUCUGUCCCAGAGCACCUGCAGGGACGGGGUUUGUAGUCGAGCUCAAAUCCACUUCAGCCCCAACACGGACUUUGUCAGAGACGGGAACAGGACAACUAAAAUCUCCAUCAAACCGUUUGUCGCACAGAAUUUUCUCUGGAAUGGAUACUCGCCAGAACCUGUCCAGAUCACAGUGAAGGACGUUCCUUCAGCGUACUGCUACUCCUUCACUGAUCCUCACAUCAUCACAUUUGAUGGCAGGGUUUACGAGAGCAGCCACAUUGGCACGUUCGUCCUGUAUAAGAGCACGCUCUGGCCACUCGAGGUGCACGUGCGUCAGUGGGAGUGCGGGAGUUUGGUGCACGCCGCCUCGUGCGUGUGCGGCUUCGUGGCGAGGGACGGCGGCGAUGUCAUCGCUUUCGACAUGUGCAACGGAGAAAUGGGUGAAACCAGGCCUCACCUGUCCGUGAAGAACCGGGACCUGAGCAAGAGUGGCGUCCGGAUCACCGAGUCCUACCAGGGACGCAAAGUCACUAUUUCCUUCUCAUCAGGAGCGUUUGUGCGUGCCGACGUGUCUGACUGGGGAAUGAGUCUGACGCUGAGAGCUCCCGGAUCAGACCGGGGCCACACUCGGGGUCUGUGCGGGACCUUCGACGGACACUCGGGAAAUGACUUCCACUCAGCAGGGGGCGCCACACUGGAGCACAUCAACACUUUUAUCUCCGCAUGGAGACUCUCUCCAGGAACCAGCCUGUUUGACACAAUGCCCUCCCACCUGAGUGCGCCAAAUCCUCGCAAGUACUGCACCUGUCAGACCGAGCCCCGCCCCACAUCUCCCAGAGCCCGAUCUCAGCCGGUCGCCUCCCCUGACUCCACCUGCUCUCGUUACGGCAACGUGGUUCAUCUCAGCGUUAUCCCAACUCUGGAUGUGACAGCUGAGUACAUCAGGUCAGUGGAGCUCCUCCAAGGCAACGACAGACAGUUGCUGCCUCCAGGUCUCUCCACGCCAAAGCCCCAGAAUCAUGGUAUUGACAGAGGCUUCCAGCUGAGACCUUCCAGGUCUGAGUCUACAGAACAGCUCCAGUGGCGCAGGAGCAGGCGUCAGGACCACCGCUAUGUUUCUAACUCUCCGCACCAAAGCCUCAGCCAGUCAGACCUGGAGGGAUUCACCUACUUCUUCCCAGAGGACCACGAACCAUCAGCUCAACCAGACUCCUCCCCAACAUGGCCGACGCCCUCCGGCCUCACCGAGUCGCAGGCCCGUGCUCAGUGUCAGGACGCUGUGGCUCAGUCCAGCAUCGCAGACGGAUGUGAGCGCCUCCUGGAAGAGACGCUCGUUGGCCACGUGGUGAAUAUGUGUGUGAGCGACCUUCAGCUGAAGGACGAGCUGUCGUGGCUGAACGCGACGUUACCUCUGCUGGAGAACGAGUGUGAGAGGAGGCUGGUGGAGGAGACGAGGAGACACGGAGAACAUCAGGACAUCCUGUCCACACUCAAGUGUCCUGGUCUGUGCAACGGCAACGGCCAGUGCUCGGACUGGGGAUGUGUUUGCUUCCCAGGAUUCGGGUCGUAUGACUGCAGCGUGCUGUCUGACCAGAUCCCGGAGAUCACAGAGGUGCAGAAGCACGGUCUGUGUGACGUGCGACAGGGAGACUGUUCCACCGUCCAGGUCUUCGGUCAGGGCUUCAGGGACUCCUACGAGCUCAAGUGUGAGUUUGUUAAAGAAAAGUUUAUGGAUGGUGAUUGGGUUUUGGACGAGCCCAUAUUUGUUCUGGCCACCUUCCUGGAUGUCACCGCUCUGGAGUGCCAGCUCCCCCUGGAGGACAGCUGGACUCCUGCAGGCCUGGAUCUGGAAGCAGCAACAAACAGACCACUGGCUCGCUGGCAAAUUAAAGUGUCCAACGACGGCUACAGCUACAGCAACGCAAAGAUUCUGACUGUGUACGACGGAGCGUGUCACAUCUGCAGCGUCAACACCGAGGUCCUCUGUACGCUGAGGGAGAAAACCUGUAACAUUGAUGGCGUGUGUUUCGCUGCCGGAGAGUUGAGUCCCAGCAGCCGCUGCCUCACGUGUCGACCGGACUCGUCCACGCACACGUGGUCCAUCGCAGAGCAGAAUUCUCCCCCGCUGCUGCAGCCGCUGCCGUUUCCUCUGCGCUCCUUCCACGGCGAGAACUUCACCUUCCAGCUCGAGGCUCGGGACUCGGAGGGCUCGGCGGUCAGGUUCAGCCUGGUCUCAGGUCCUGAAGGCGCGGCUCUGUCUCCGGCCGGUCUGCUGACGUGGACGCCCACGGCAGAGACGACACUCACACACAUGUUCUACUUCACUGUGACGGACGACUGUGGCGCCGAGACCAGAGCGUCUGUGCAGGUGUCUGUGCGCUCCUGUGAUUGUCUCAACGCAGCUCGCUGUGCGACAAACAUCAACUUCCCCGCGGGCAGUGGAGAGUUCCUGUGUGUUUGUCUGAGUGGAUUCACGGGGUCGCGCUGUGAGGUCAACGUCGACGACUGCAAACCAAACCCCUGCAGACUCGGCCGCUGUAUCGACGGCACGGACUCCUUCUCCUGCGUGUGCCCACCUGGCAUGACAGGUCAUACGUGUAGAGAGGAUAUAGAUGAAUGCGUCUCUCAGCCGUGUUUUUCUGGAGUCGGCUGUAACAACACACUGGGCUCCUUCGUCUGUGGACUCUGUCCUCAUGGAUACCGCGGCGAUGGAAGAAACUGCACCUCAGCGAGAUUCUCUCCGGUGUCACUGAGGCCCAAACCCUCGGUGGCGUCUCCGUGCAGCAGGAGACCGUGUCACUCAGGCGUCCAGUGUUUCCAGAGCGUCCAUGUGUCUGCCGGCUUCGUCUGUGGACCCUGCCCUGUGGGUUUCCAUGGAAACGGACGGACAUGCACGGCAACAGGUCAGGCAACAGUCGCCAGCGGAGCAGACGGUCAUUCUCACAUUUCCAAAUCAAAUUCCAGCCAGGAAAUGACUCCCUCCCUCCCCUCAUCGUCGUCCUCCACCUCUUCAUCAUCAUCAUCGUCUUCUCCUUCGUCACCCAGACAAAGCUCGGACAGGAGGACGAGACCAGAAUCCUCUGUCUCCACCUUCAGUAGAGACAGAAAAACCACGGCGACGCCGCUGAAUCAAACCGUGACUCGACUGUUUGCCUCCACCGUCGUCAGAGGUCAACCCAGUGGGGCGGAGCUGACCCCUGACCUCUCUGCCGCCAAUGUCAAAUCACACCAUGUGACCUGUGCGGACUCUCCCUGCUUCCCCGGCGUUCCCUGUGAGCCCACGGCCACCGGGUGGUUCAGGUGUGGACGCUGUCCGUACGCUUACACCGGGGAUGGAGUCACGUGUAAAGCCGUGUGCAGGUUUCCCUGUGGCAGGAACAUGGAGUGUUCUCUGCCAAACACCUGCACCUGCAGAGAAGGUUACACAGGCUACAACUGUAGGACAGCUGUUUGUCGUCCAGACUGUAAGAACCAGGGAAAGUGUGUGAAACCACAGGUGUGUGAGUGUCCUGCAGGCUACACUGGACCCACCUGUGAGGAAGCCAUCUGUGAACCUUCGUGCCAACAUGGCGGCACCUGUGUGCUCAGAAACCUCUGCACCUGCCCGUACGGCUACGUGGGACCAAGAUGUGAAAUCAUGGUGUGUAACAGACACUGUGAAAACGGAGGCGAGUGUGUGUCACCUGAUGUCUGCAGAUGUAAACCAGGCUGGAACGGACCCACGUGUAACUCAGCUCUCUGUAAUCCUGUCUGUCUGAACGGAGGAACGUGCAUCAAACCAAACAUCUGUGUCUGUCCCAGCGGCUUCUAUGGAUCCCAGUGUCAAAUCGCAGUGUGUAGUCCUCCCUGUAAGAACGGAGGUCAGUGUAUGAGGAACAACGUGUGCUCCUGUCCUGACGGCUACACGGGGAAAAGGUGUCAGCAGAGUGUGUGUGAGCCCACGUGCAUGAACAAAGGUAAAUGUGUUGGAUCAAACACAUGCUCCUGUGCGUCGGGCUGGAGAGGAAGCCGCUGUAACAUACCCGUUUGUCUGCAAAAGUGUAAAAAUGGCGGCGAGUGUGUCGGACCGAACACCUGCCACUGUCCCAUUGGCUGGGAAGGCCUGCACUGUCAAACACCGAUCUGUAAACAGCGUUGUCUGAACGGAGGCAGGUGCGUCCUGCCAGAGUACUGCCACUGUCGGAAAGGCUACAAGGGACUAACGUGCUCAGUGAAGGCAUCACAGGCGUGAUGGAGACGCAGUUAUGGAGUAAAAGAAGCAACAAAAUGCACAAAGCAGGAAGACGACACCAUGAGUUGUUGUAUGUACAGUGUGAGUGUGAGAGAGUGUGUGUGUGUGUGUGUGUGUGUGUGUGUGUGUGUGUGUUGAACGUUUGAACAGAGGGACUUUGAUGAAUUGCACGUGUCUUUUUGUCCCCGUAUUUCACUACCUCAUGUUUUGAAGUGGCACACGUGUUUAAGUCGUCAGCAGGGAUUUUUACACAGAUGUGUGUGUGUGUGUGUGUGUGUGUGUGUGUUUCAUACGUUCCAGUUAUAGUCGGAAGUCGGAGUAACCUCACAAACCCGAUAUCUGCUUUUCUAUUACAGUCGUAGCUGGACUCAAUUAUACGCUUGCUGUUUAUUUUCUGUUUAUUUCAGAUCAAGCACAAUAAAAUAACCUCUUCAAAAGGUCGCCGUGUUUGUUGAUGCCUGCAACUCGGCACCGCCCUCUAGAGGAAGUAUUGCGUAACGUCCAGACCAAAGCAAAGGACGUGUGGAGGUAAAACAGAUGAAUGUGCCUUUAAUUGCACUUUUGUUUUACAUUAAAUCAGUCGUUGAGUUUUUAUCCGUGAACAUGUUGCUAAUGUCACUCCCGCUCUCUGACUUCCGAUGUAAAUGGAACGCAGCAGUAAUCUUUCAUUUUAUUAUCUUUAAUUUCACAAUUUUAAACACUUUAUAACUUUGACCAAACUGACAUU